UCACUUCAGUUCACUCAAGCAUGACUGGUGUAGUUUUAAAGAAAGCGGCUUCAGGUCUAUAGAGAGAGAGAGAAAGAGGCCAUACAUCGAGAACGAGAAAGACAGAAGUGAAGAAUGAAAGACGACCGGUUCUCAACCCAGUGAAUUGUGGGUAUCUGUCAGCGUUGCUUCAUCGCUGAAGUACACACUCCUCACAACACACACAAUAUCAGCCUGACGGCCUUGAGCGGCAGUGCAAACACUGUCUGUCCUGUUUGAUUUGAGUCUAUUGUAUUUGUGUUUAGGUGUGUGUGAAUCUUUUUGUACACAUGCUCAGCCUUUCAGCUACAAAGAGCUCUUUGUGUGGCCGGCCUCUGCACUGAGCUGAGCUGUGAUUGGCUGAGAGCUCCAAGCUUACAGGCGAUUGGUUAGGCAGCUUUUACAGGAAUCAAAUGGGGUUUGAUUCUGAUUUAAAACCAGUAUGAGGUGCAAAUACACACACACCUGCACACACUGGCUUUAACAUCUCCAGAAUGUCCAUCGCUGUGAGUAUAAACCAGCUAACCGUCAUUCUUCUGUCUGUGCACCUCAUUCCAACCAAUCCGGUGGCGGAGCAAAUGUCACUUGGUAAAAGCAGAAAGCGUGUGAAUCCGGUCCUCCACACGGAUGCUCCCGCUCCAGAUCCCAUCCGAGACUCUCACCGGUACUGCAAUUACCCCAACCUCACCGAGCACGGCUGGGAGGGUCACAGUCCGGCUGACUACAGGCUGCUGUCGGUACACGUGAUGAUCCGACAUGGAGACCGUUUCCCUCUGUACUCCAUCCCCAAAACCAAGAAGCCUGCCAUUGACUGCGUCCUAUCAGACAAGAGAAAGCCCUCUCACCCCCUCUUGGGCUCCUUCAUUAGUCACAUGGCUCUCGGUGGGCGUGGUCACUGGGACGCAUCACUGGGAUAUCUGCCCCGAUUACCCAAUCACAGCACCUGUGAAAUGGGAGAGCUUACACAGACAGGAGUCGUGCAGCACUUGAAAAACGGCGAUCAUCUUCGCCAGGCCUACAUCAAGCGUCACAAUCUGCUCACUGCUGAUUGGUCGCCGCGGCAGUUGUGGGUGGAGACUACAGGUAAAAGCCGCACCCUACAGAGUGGAUUGGCCUUCCUCUUUGGCUUCCUGCCACGUUUCGAUUGGUCACGGGUGACGGUAAGACAGCAGUGGAGUACGCUGUUCUGCGGGUCCUCGUGCGACUGUCCCGCACGGAACCGGUUCCUGGAGCAGGAGCAGCGCAGGCAGUAUCGGCAGAGGACUGCAGACACCGAACUGGAGCGCACAUAUGUCACAAUGGCGAAGACGCUGGGAGUGGCCACAAAAAUUCUGAGGGCGGCCAAUCCGGUGGAUGCAUUGUUGUGUCACUUUUGUCAUGGUCUUGCUUUCCCAUGCACUAACACACGGACUACAUCAAACGUUCCGGAUGAGGGGGCGUGUCUUACACUGCAGCACUUUGCUGUGAUUCGACGGCAGCAGAAAGAUGAUGAACUGGAGCGGCGGGAGGCGGGGCUUUAUCGCCGAUAUGCUGUGCUCGCGGCACAUCCGUACCUAAACCGCACCGCAACGCGGAUGGAGAGGAUCGCCAGAGCAAGCCAAACACGCCGAGGAACGGAAGAGGUGGUCUUCGCUUUAGCAUCUGCUCACGACGUAACAAUGGCACCGCUGCUAGGCGCACUUGGUCUGGAAAGGGCCGGAUUUCCAAAGUUUGCAGCGCGGCUGGUGUUUGAGCUGUGGAACGGACCAGAAGCGAAAGACGGUGAUAGAAAACGAGGACAGUGGUUGAAGAACAUGUUCAUCCGUGUUCUCUAUAACGGAGAGGACUUGACCUUUGACACAGCCUUCUGCCGUGAACACAAUCGACACUCUGCUCAGCCGCUCUGCCCUCUGGGUAAUUUCAUGUCGUUUGUGAGAAAUGAUAUGUUUAAUAUUGUCAACGCGACGAGUUACAAGCAGGCCUGCCACCAAACUGUCCUGUAAUAUGUGAACGUGAAUGAGCGAACGGCAAGGAAAGAUGAGGAAGAGGUAUGAUAAAUAUUCUGUCAUCCUUCAAGUCCUUCCAAAACUAUAUGACUUUUAGUGGAAUGCAAAUGACACUUUUGAUAAAUAUUCAAUGAAUGCAAAACUUUCAAGCUCAAAAAGCAAAUAAGUUCCCUAAAAGUCCGUACGACUUCUGCACUCUAUUCUAAUGAGUUCGCAGGUGCUUGUUACUGAAUGCACUCGUUGUGCAGAUCAGUGUGUCCUGAAGAAGAAGUUUGGAGUAACAUGAAGGUUAAAAAAACCCACAUAAUUUUCAGUUUUGGGCGAACUGUUCCUUUAAGAGGACUACUAAUGUUCUUGAUGUAGUGUUAUGUUUGCGGACCAAACAACUGUCCCUGCACAAGAUUGGUUUUGGUGCAUUUUACUAAUCUCGCUGACUAAAUUUGAAGCAUGAAGCAUUUUAAGCUGUAGACUGUGACUGAGUAUGAAAAUCUGAUUUAUGAUUCAAGAGCUCCUGAAUCCAGACAAACACAAAACAAUCAGGUAUUGAAACACUUCUUGCCUUUAUUUUGAGUCAAUGAUCUAGGACCGCUGCACAGUCAUUAUGACAAUCCCAGUGGUUUUACUAAAUAUAAAAAAAAUGUUUUUAGACCACAUUUCUGAAACACUUUUAGGGCACUUGGCCACUUUAUUGCAGAGUUCCUGCAGUGAUCAGGAAUCUGAUGUUAUUUCAGUUUCACAUCUCCUCGAUGAGUUCUCACUUGAAUAGUAUUAGCAGAAUUACUUGUUUUUAACACAAUCAUGUUGUCCUGACUCAUUUCUCACACAUUUUGUGUUCUUAAAAUUUCUUUGAGUGCUUUCCCUUUGUUUACACAUAAUGUAGACGUAAAACAAAGGAGUGGUAGUAAUUCUGAGUACUGUAAAACUGAUUCAGUCCACUUUUGUAUCAUGAAUGAUGUUGUGAUCAGUCUGUACUGCCACUUUCCAACCCUUAAAACACAUUUUUUAAAUAAAAAAAACAUUUCUUUCUA